UGCAGUGAUCCAUGGCUCCACCCCUAGCUUCCAUUUCUGAACUGAAGGGACGCCGCCGCUCUCGCGUAUAGCCCUCGCCUUUUUUUAUACACACAUUUAAGUAAAUAAACUAGGUUAUCUGUCGUAAGUUAGGACCAUUUCCUAAAGGUAGCGUAAAUCAGUAGUCCCCGUUCAUCGUGGUAUGCUGUUUGAGUAGUAGCUAGAAGUGAAGCUAGCAUUUUAUUCCCCAUUUUAACUUUACUAAGCGGCGUUUUCCGCCGUUUUUUUUUCUUUUCGCCGCCCCGCUCACUCUACCCCCUUGUGUGUGAGUAGGGGCCUGCAACGUUGGUUUGGCCACGAGGCGCGUCGGUACAGUUGGAACAGGGCGAUGGCGGAGUUCGGUAACGGACUGGCGGAGGAAUCUCUGCUAGAUUCAGACCCCGGACAUCCCGAGCUGGAAGACCCGGGUGUCGGUGACGAAGAGCCGGGAUUAGAAGAGGGAGAGGCCGCAAUUGAAGAUCCGGAGCUGGAGGCAAUCAAAGCCCGAGUGAGAGAGAUGGAGGAAGAGGCAGAGAAGCUGAAGGAGCUACAGAACGAGGUGGAGAAACAGAUGAAUCUGAGCCCCCCACCAGUUGGCCCUGUCAUCAUGUCCAUCGAGGAAAAGAUGGAGGCAGAUGGCAGAUCUAUUUAUGUCGGAAAUGUGGACUACGGUGCUACAGCAGAAGAGCUCGAAGCUCACUUUCAUGGCUGCGGUUCAGUAAACAGAGUCACCAUCCUAUGUGACAAAUACACAGGGCAUCCCAAGGGGUUUGCCUAUAUUGAGUUUGCAGACAAAGAGUCUGUUAGGACAGCCAUGGCUUUGGAUGAGUCACUUUUCAGAGGAAGGCAGAUAAAGGUGGGCGCUAAGAGAACAAACAGACCAGGCAUCAGCACCACAGACCGUGGCUUUCCACGGGCUCGGUUCCGAUCACGGGGAGGAAAUUUCUCCUUGCGUGCACGCUACUACAGUGGCUACACACCACCUAGAGGCAGAGGACGGGCCUUCAGGGGCCGAGGGCGAACAACAUCGUGGUAUUCCCCUUACUAAACACCCUCCCCCCCAUCCCAAAUACUUCCUUACUAUCAAACCUCUCCCCCUAUUUCUGUUCCCAUAUUAAAAAAAUACAAACACACACAAUGAAAAAGUCCUUUCCCUUUCCCCAACAAUAAAAGAAGAGAACCCCAGAAGAGAGAAAAAAAGACAAAAAAGGAAAAAAAAAAACAAAAAAAAACAAAAACACACUUCUCCUGGACAGAGAGACUGGCUGGCCGCAGUGUGAGAUUGUGUGUGAGCGUGCUUGUGCAGAGGUUGAUGCGGUCACCCCUGGUAAGGUAUACAUUGGCCUCUUGGGGGAGGGAGGGGAGGAUUACUAUGGCAGUGUUUGUUUGUUUUGUUUUUUGUUUUUGGAAGAGGGAGGAAAGGUGGGGAUGAGGUAUCUGGGGGGGGAUGAUGGUAUCUCAAUCUCAGGCUGCAGAUGUGUCUCCUUUGGUCUGGCUGUGACCUCCUGCUUUCACACAAUCAUCAACACAGCCCACCCACUCACCACCGCCUCCACAGCAGGGGGGGGAAGAGAGAAAAAAAAACAUACACAAGAAUACACAUUGUUCUCUUUUUUUUCUUUUUUUUUUAAUGUAACAUAGAUAUGUGAAACUUACUUUAGCUAUCAAAUAUUUGUGUUACGUUUGUGGUUUGGAGUUUGUCAUUACCUGCUCGCACCCUCUCCGACCCCUUGUGUGUCUCCCAUUCUCUGCCCCCUCUUAACCCUCCUCCCCCCACCCUUGAUUUAUUUUAUUUUUUUCUAACGUUUCCUUCCCUCCAACCUCUCUUCCUUUCAUCACAACAUGGAUUAUGUUGUGUGCUGUCAGCUUGAUCUGUGGACAGUGAUGGACCUUCAGUGUUCAGUGGAGUUGUAUUUCUUUUUGUUUUGGGGUGUUUUUUUUGUGGGGGGUUAUUGGUUGUGCUGCCACAUCCUUGCCGCUCGUCCAUCCUUGUCACCUUCAACUCAGGCAUGGCUACAGCUCUUUCUUUUUUUUUUCUUUCCUUUUUUUUGUUGUUUUUUGUAAAUUCUUUUGACAGGCAUCUACUGUUUUUACUCUUUAUUUUCGUGCAAUCCCUCCCCCUCCCGCCCCUUUGUUCUUCCCCUCCUUCCCUUUGUGCACCUUGUCCCCUCCCCCCUCCUCUCUCUGUAUAUUAGACCACUUCUUGUCGUUUCAGGUUUCAGGACCAGUGGAGGCUGACAACCCCUCCCCAGGUGGCGCCGGCCCCUCCCACUGUCUCUGCAGCAUCUCUCUCUCUCUCUGCU